AUAACACCAUUUUCUAUAUAAAGUGAUCAAUAUCAAGAUUUCAAAAUGUACAUGCUUUACUGCCUUCAACUUCAAGUGAGAACAAAAAUGGCUACCCACAAGUUUUCAUCUUUCCUAUCUCGCACUUUAGCUUCUUCAUUAAUCCGUUCUCAUUCUCAUGGAAGAACUCAUCAAUUUAGAAGGGUGGUGAGCAGAUACAGCACUGCUACUGCAUCUGAGGAACCUAUCACUCCACCUGUGACUGUGAAAUACACCCAGCUUCUUAUUAAUGGACAAUUUGUGGAUUCCGCAUCAGGUAAAAAAAUGAAAACAUAUGAUCCUAGGACAGGAAAUGUGAUUACUGAGGUUUCGGAGGGUGAUGCUGAGGAUAUCAACCGCGCAGUUUCUGCUGCUCGCAUAGCAUUUGAUGAAGGGCCUUGGCCUAAGAUGACUGCAUAUGAAAGGUCAAAAAUCCUGUUUAAAUUUGCUGAUCUACUUGAGCAACACACUGAUGAGAUUGCUGCUCUCGAGACUUGGGAUAACGGAAAGCCAUACGAGCAAGCUUCUAAAGUGGAAUUACCAAUGUGUGUUCGUCUAAUGAGAUAUUAUGCUGGAUGGGCUGAUAAGAUCCAUGGUCUAACUGUUCCUGCUGAUGGACCAUAUCAUAUGCAAACCCUGCAUGAACCCAUAGGGGUAGCAGGCCAGAUUAUCCCAUGGAAUUUCCCUAUUCUCAUGUUUGUGUGGAAGGUUGCACCUGCCUUAGCAUGCGGAAAUACCAUUGUCUUGAAGACCGCUGAACAAACACCACUGACUGCCUUAUAUGCUGCAAAGCUACUCCAUGAGGCUGGACUUCCUGAUGGCGUGCUAAACGUGGUCUCCGGUUAUGGUCCUACUGCUGGUGGAGCUCUUGCCUCUCACAUGGAUGUAGAUAAGCUAGCUUUUACUGGAUCAACUGUGACUGGAAAACUGGUGCUUGAGAUGGCAGCGAAGAGUAAUCUAAAGCCAGUGACAUUAGAGCUUGGAGGAAAAUCUCCUUUUAUCGUGUGCAAAGAUGCUGAUAUAGACAAGGCAGUUGAACUAGCCCACUUUGCUCUCUUCUUCAAUCAGGGACAAUGUUGCUGUGCUGGCUCUCGUACAUACGUACAUGAAAGUGUAUAUGAUGAGUUUGUCGAAAAAGCAAAGGCACGUGCCAUUCAGCGUGUUGUUGGUGACCCUUUCAGGAAGGACAUUGAGCAAGGUCCUCAGAUCGAUUCAGAGCAGUUCGAGAAGGUCAUGCAAUACAUAAAAUCAGGUAUCGAAAGUGGAGCUAAGCUUGAGACAGGAGGAGAAAGGCUUGGCUCAAAGGGAUUUUACAUUCAACCUACAGUUUUCUCCAAUGUCAAUGAAGACAUGUUGAUUGCACAGGAUGAGAUUUUUGGUCCUGUUCAAUCAAUCUUCAAAUUCAAGGACUUACAAGAGGUAGCUCGACGAGCCAAUAAUACUCACUAUGGGUUGGCAGCAGGAGUGUUCACACAAGACAUUGACACUGCCAACACCUUAGCGCGCGCUCUCAGAGUUGGCACAGUUUGGGUGAACUGCUACGAUGUUUUCGAUGCAGCCAUACCAUUUGGUGGGUACAAGAUGAGUGGACAGGGAAGGGAGAAGGGUAUAUAUUGUCUCAUGAACUACUUACAAGUCAAGUCUGUUGUUACUCCAUUGAAAAAUCCUGCAUGGUUGUAGAAAAAAACACAGAUUAUCAUUGUUCUUGUUCAUUAUUUCACUUACUGAUCAUUUGACUGGAAUAAACAGGGCUUCAAUUGAUAUUGACUUAUUA